AUGAGCUUCAUUUACAAGCGCAGACUGCUCUGCGACAACAUCGACGGCAUGUGUUUCUUCGCACACACCGAUCCAAAUGUAGAACACAGCGGUGAAAGAUGGCCAUACACGGUUAUGUUCAACAACAGCAUCAUUAAGAUUUACAGCCCUGUACACAAAAUACUGGAGAAGAACCUUUUCAGGCCCAUCAAAGAUAUCCUGAGCUUUGGCAACCACCUUUUCAUUCUGUUCAUGGACGGCAACAUUACCGAGGUUCUCUACAACGCGGGAAAUAUCGACCUGGUAUCGUUGAUAUACAUCGAUGAGGUGGGCAUCAACACAUUCAUACGUGCUGAUGACGACAUCAUUUACAUUCAUUAUGACAGGUUUAGGUUUGGCAUGCAUGUUCUUUCAAGGAGUGAUGCCAACGCUUUAAAUAAAUCUGCAAUUCUGGAAAACUUCGAUUUAAAAAGCGGCAGAAAGGUGAAAACGGGAUUGCACAGGUUUCAUGAGAUUUAUGCAGACUUGAAUAACGUGAAAGAUGUGGCACUGGUGAAUGAUCUGAUUUACUUCCUGUACUCGCCCGAUCUAAGCAGCAUGUGUGUGCUGAUCGUUGACUUGUGCAGUUUUGCGGUGCUCAAGAACAUAAAAGUGGACAGCACAGCGUUCAAACUCUUCAAACUGAGAGACACGGCCGUAGUGGUGCUGUCAGAAAGGGUGCUGUACUUUCUGUGGGUCGAUUUCGUGAUAUUUACGUAUUGCAUACCGUUCCAUGAACUGGCAGACCAGGAUGACGAAUUUGGUAAUUCGGACAGUACAGGGCUCUUCAACACUGCAGAGGUGGUGGUCAAUAACAGCAUUUUUAUUUUCAACGGCGAUGAUAAAAUAUACCGAUUGCACCUGUGCUACGCCGGCCACCACAUACAAUCUAUAAGCACAAGUGUACAACGUUCCUUCCACCGGUACGGAUCGAUUAGAAAGGUUUUUGAAAUGAGCAAUUUUCUCUUCCUGAUCUUGGAGAAUCAUACAGCACUGCUCUUGCAGCCGCAGUUUGACAGUAGCCCGAAAGCAAAGAAGAGUAUUCUUCUGUCAGAGAUGGAUGAUGAAAUCGAUCUGUACAACACGCGGGUGCAGAUAGACGAGUCUGCAGAGAUAGCGGAGGAGACCGAGAAGAGUGUCCAUACGUAUGCACUUAUCAAAACACAUCACUCGUUUGGAGACAUCAGGUACAUUUUUGAAUGUGAUGCUGAUACUAACAGGGAGUAUUUGAUUGUUACAGACCGGUUAAUUCGAUAUUUCGAUACUUUUACGUUUAAAUUUACGAGGAGCCACAAAAUAGGCAAUUACAAGCUGCUAAUGAAGGCAAAGGAUUUGUUUGUACUCACAAAUGGGGAGAGUUCCUUGUUCUUUAGAUGGAUCGACAGCAGCAUGGUGGAGUAUAGCGGAAUGCUGAGCAGUAACCGGAAAGAAAAGAUGGUUGAAGCAGUUACGGAGGAGUACACGAGAGACCCGAAUGGGAAAGACGUGCCUGCACAGACCGGUACGGAUAAAAAUGCAGAAGAACAGAUGCUUGAACAUAAACGAGUGAGAAUAGCACAGACUGUGCAGAAUAUGAGCAACAGUGCUGAAUAUAUAACAAAUCAAGAAACAAUGGCACUCUUUUAUUUUGAUGACAGAUUGGUUCAGGUAACACGUACAUGCAUAAACGUAUUGAACGAGAAAAAAGUACCUAUUAAUGCAGAUCAGGUGAAAUACAGCAAAGCACACCUAUUUGUUAGGGAAGGUAAGACCUUGAGGAUAUAUUCACUCACAAGUUUGUUCAAUGAUGUUGAGGAUUGUGCCACUUCUUAUGAAAAUGUUGACAGUUUCAGUGUGAAUGGCCCACUUUUUCUUCUUUGCGAAUCUUCUGGCAGUGCUUCUCGCAUCAAACUGUUCAGCGGUGAAAAUACGCUUUUUUGUUCGGAUAUCCACGAUUUCUGCAAUACCUUGGAAAACGGCAGGACAACCCCCCAAAGCGAUCAUGGAUCGGAGGAUGAGAGUACCGAUGUGUUUAGGAUUGAUGAAUGCCUCGUGUAUCAAUACAACGAUGUGGUAUCGAUGCUUCUAAAAAGCGGACACGUUGUGGCGCUGUACGAGGGAUUUAUCACCACGAAUAGUCUUUUCUAUUUUGUGAAAAGAAGAAAUUUAAUUUCGUUUCAUGGCCACGCGUUGUAUUACACCCGUAAUUUUGUGUUCAUAAGGAAUAACUUCGUCAUUUUGACAUGCAAUAACCGCGUACAGAGAAUCACAAACUCGUUCGACUGUGUUUUAGAGGAUGCUGGUGUGAUGUACGGCAUAUCAAAGAAAAACAUUGUUGAGUUUAAACCGGGUGCUAGUCCGAUGGGCUGCCUCCAAAAAGUGCACAGCAUAAAAAACAUCGACAAAAUAAUCAGAGAUGAGGCAAACGGCGUGUACAUUUUCACCUUCCUGCCCAAAACGUUUAAAACGGACGAUACGCACAAUACAGAUGAAAACGAGGAGGACAACACCUUAUGUAAGGAAAGACAGGAGCUUGUGAUGUCUACGCUCAGCUUUAAUAAGCUGAGUAUUUUCAAACUGCCAGAAAACGAGCUGGUCACCGAUCUAAAAAUUAUGAACCUGAGCGAUGCAAACGGCGACUACAAUAACUUCGUUAUUGUGAUUCUUUCGCAGCGCACAAGCAACGAAAUACUCCGUGGACGAAUUCUUGUAUUUGAGGUUAUCAAUGUCAUAGGUGACAUGGUGGCAAAGAAGACGAAGAAAGCGCUUAAACUUCUCGGUAGUGAGCGCACGAAGGGCCCAAUCAGCUGCUGUGCAGCUGUUCGUGGCAAGAUUGCUGUAUCGCUGGCUACCAAAUUGAUGGUGUAUGAAUGUGAUAGGAACUCAGGAAUUGUAGCCAUUGCAUUCUAUGACCUGUACAUGUAUGCGGUGUCGUUGGCGGUCAUCAAGAAUUACAUCAUUGUUGGCGAUAUCAUGAUGGGCCUUCACUUUGUAUAUUUCCAGUCUGAGCCUGUAAAGUUGCACCUGCUGAGCAAAUCUGACAGAAUUGCUAAUCUCGGAUCUUUGGACUUUUUUAACGCUGGGGAAAGCCUUUUUAUCACAGGGAUUGACAAAACCGGCAAGGUGCAGAUAUUCUCGUUUUCGCCCAGCAACUUGUACAGUAAUGGUGGUGAGAAGCUGGUGAAGAGGCAAGAAUUUGAGACAUAUGCUUGUUUUCAAUCCAUCAAGACCUCUUCUUAUCGCAGUUAUGCAUCCUUUUUCUCAAGCCAAAAUUUUCUUAUAGCUCUUUCGUACACGCAGAAAAAUUACGGUAAGAUCCAUGAUGUGCUGAGGAAAUACCGAGAAACAAAGAACUUCUUUGGUGUUAAUCUCAAAUAUCAGCACAGAGAAGUGUGUUACAAGGAAUGUGUUUACACGGAUUUGCUACUAAACUUUUUCAAUGAGCCGUUAAAGUACCAAAAGAGUAUCUGCGAAAGAUCGGGUCACAGUUACGAAAAAGUUUUACAUAUCAUUGAGGACUUUUUAAAGUUGUAAACCGUGUUUGAACGGCAUUUUAUUAAAAUUUAUCUGCAG